AUGGUGGUUAAAACUUCAAAACGAAGCCUGAACCGUGGAGACAGCAGAACUUCUACAAGCAUUCCCCGAUUUGCCAUACUUGUGGUAUCUCUCGUCUUCUUUUUUGCUGGCACGCAAUCCAAGUCGAGUCUUUCCGAUGUCAUUACUUUGGAUACCGCCAGUAUCCUAAGCUCGGAUGGAUCGCAGAGACAGUUGGCAGAUCACGUCACCACUUCUACGAUUGCCAACACCAAUAACAACAAGGUCACUGAAUCAAAAACUGCAACAAUAACUCGCGACAGUGGAAAACCAAAGAAAUCCCACAUGUUGCAACUCGAGCCUUUACCGUACUCGUUGCACCCCAAAUGGAAACUAUGGACCGAAAUGACCGCAGAGCAACAGGAUGCCGCGAUGGAUGAAGUUGGAACAUAUCUUACAAAAUACGGAAAACUCAUCAAGCCUUCCAACGGAAAGUUGCAAGGUGAAAACAACUUUGGCAACUGCCAAGUCAAAACCUUCAAAAAUGGACAUUCUCUGUGCGAACCAAAACCUGCGAACUGUACCUUCUUUUCGUUUGGGAUCAACGAUGAUCCUAGUUUCGACAUCGCUUUGGCCGAAGAAUGGGAUUGCCGUGGCUUUUCGGCAGAUCCCACAGUCGAACAUCCGUCCAAGCUGCAUCCAAAGGUUACCUUUCACAGUGUGGCAGCAUCCAUGUUGAGCGACAAUGAAGAGCGAUUGAUCAACAAGGGUGGAGCAGUCGACUGGUGGAGCACGAGUAUGCCCAAGCUGAGAUAUUUUUUGGGUCUCGAUCACGUCUCCAUUGUCAAGUUGGAUUGCGAAGGAUGCGAGUUUGCUUUUGCCCGGGACAUUCUUCGUGAGGAUCCCUACUUUUUGCAUGUGGUGGACCAAUUCUCGAUUGAAUCGCAUGUCACCAAAACAUGGUUGAACACAAGAGAAGAACUCUACUACUUUGCUCUUCAUUUUGCACUUUUGGAAGAAGCUGGAUUUGAGAUGGUGUGGUCAUCGGUAUUUGGUUGUUCCAAGCGCCACGAAAUCACAGGAUGUAUUCCAGAAUUGGAAAAGUAUGGCUUUCCUUGUGGCCAUAAGCCAUGGCCAGACCAUCCAAACGUGGUACGAGGUUACAGCUGUCACGAAUUCACCUGGAACAAGAAGAAGACACAAUAG